GAAUUGGUCCUCCCACAGCUAAUUGUCUUUUCUGUUGCUUAAAAGUCCCAUUCAUUACUACAUCCAAUGGCUUUUGGCGCACCAGGUGGUAGGGGAGGUUUUGGUGGUCGAGGUGGUCGAGGUGGGGGAGAUCGUGGCGGCAGGGGCGGUGGGCGUGGAGGCGGUCGCGGUGGCAUGAGGGGAGGUCGUGGUGGAGUUGCCCCACGGGGUGCAUCCCGAGGGGCCCCUCGCGGCGGCCGGGGUGGUCGUGGUGGUGCCAGAGGCGGGCGUGGCGGUGGGAGGGGAGGCUCCAACGUGACGAUCGAGCCGCACGUCCAUGGAGGCAUCUUCAUUGCCAAGUCUUCAAAAGAGCAGAUGCUAGUAACCAAGAACCUGACGCCGGGUGAAGCCGUCUACGGCGAGAAACGAAUUUCUGUCGAGUCAAAGAACGAUGAAGGCGAGUCUCAGAAGAUCGAGUACCGUGUCUGGAACCCGUUCCGUUCUAAACUCGCCGCUGGUGUUCUCGGUGGUUUGGAUAAUAUCUGGAUAAAGCCUGGCGCGAAGGUGUUGUACCUCGGUGCUGCGAGCGGAACCAGUGUCAGUCAUGUUGCCGAUGUUGUUGGACCGACUGGUGUUGUCUACGCCGUCGAGUUCUCACCUCGUUCAGGGCGUGACCUGAUCACAAUGGCGAAGAAGCGGACGAAUGUUAUUCCAAUCAUCGAGGAUGCUCGGCAACCACAACGCUACCGCCUUCUCCUUUCCAUGGUUGACGUCAUCUUCGCCGACGUUGCCCAACCCGACCAAGCACGUAUCGUCGCGCUCAACGCCCACUCCUUCCUCAAAAACCACGGCCACGCUGUCAUCUCCAUCAAGGCAAACUGCAUCGACUCUACCCAGCCUGCAGAAGUCGUCUUCGCGAGCGAAGUAAAGAAGCUGCAAAAGGAGAAGUUCAAGCCGAAGGAACAGCUGACACUGGAACCGUACGAACGUGAUCACGCGAUUGUCGUUGCGGAAUAUGUGCGCCAUAUGUAGGCAGCUGCUUUUCUCCUAGGAUACAUAUUUUCUGUGUAAUCUUGUUUCGCAUCUGUAUUGUUGCCUUCCAGAAAUGGCAUUAGCGUU